GUGCGAUGUUGGGAGAUAAUGCGGACUGGGACCACUGUUGGUAGUGUGCCCAAGGCAUCAAUGUCACAUGACCAGCCGGUUUUAUGCUCAACUUGGAAGGAUGAUGGCACAACUGUUUUCUCUGGGGGAUGUGACAAGCAAGUUAAGAUGUGGCCAUUACUCUCUGGUGGCCAACCAGUGACUGUGGCCAUGCAUGAUGCACCUGUUAAGGAAAUUGCAUGGAUCCCCGAGAUGAACCUCUUAGUCAGUGGAAGCUGGGACAAAACUCUGAGGUAUUGGGAUCUGAGACAGUCAAAUCCAGUGCAUACUCAACAACUUCCUGAGCGUUGCUAUGCAUUUACAGUGAGACAUCCACUGAUGGUUGUUGGGACUGCAGAUAGAAAUCUUAUAGUCUUCAACUUGCAGAACCCUCAGACUGAGUUUAAAAGGAUCACUUCACCCCUGAAGUAUCAGACAAGGUGUGUUGCUGCCUUUCCUGAUCAGCAAGGUUUCUUGGUUGGCUCAAUUGAGGGAAGGGUAGGCGUGCACCAUCUUGAUGAUUCGCAACAAAGUAAAAACUUUACUUUCAAAUGUCAUAGAGAGGGCAAUGAGAUAUAUUCAGUCAACUCAUUGAACUUUCAUCCUGUACAUCACACGUUUGCAACUGCGGGAUCUGAUGGUGCCUUUAACUUUUGGGAUAAGGAUAGCAAACAAAGACUCAAGGCGAUGUCAAGGUGCAGCCAACCUAUACCUUGCAGUGCUUUCAACAAUGAUGGCUCGGUAUAUGCUUACUCGGUGUGUUAUGAUUGGAGUAAGGGUGCAGAAAAUCAUAAUCCAUCAACAGCAAAGACCUACAUUUACCUGCACUUGCCACAGGAGUCAGAGGUUAAAGGCAAACCGAGAGUUGGAACCAGUGGCAGAAAGUGAAACUGCUUCUUGUUAGUCUCACGAAGAAUAUACUGUUCUUUUUUUCUUUUCUUUUCUUUUCUUUUCUUUUUUUGUUUGUAAAAUUGAGGUCAUUUUCAUCCAUCCUUUUUCCAACUAGUGUUGUAUGAAUUCUCUCUCCCCUUGUUAAUAUAAAAGUUUUGAGCAGAAAUUAGGUUCCUCAGGUUCUUUGAAUUAGAUGUUUUUUUAGUCUCCUAGUCAUAGUGUGCUCUUCUUUCCAAGUCUGAAGUUUGGUGGAUGUCGUCUUUCUUUUCUUGGUCAGGUGAUAUUUUGUUGGUUAAUGUUGGGCAAAUUGCAAUGGAAGAAUGAGAAAGUAACUACAAUUGCAUGAUAA